UUGGCUUUGUCCGGAAAUGCUCUAACUUGGCCGUUUGAGUAUCUAGCUGGUGUAUAGGGAGACACUGGCUCUCAUAUACAACACCACCACGUUUCAUUCUGCAGCAGCAGCCACCAGCUCCAGCAUCAGCAUCAGCACGCACCGUCAUUAUCAGGUGCAGGUCGAGGAAGAAGACAUUCGAAAGUAAUGCUUGUAGUGUCCGGGCACAAUCGAGCGUUUUGAAUGAAGAAGCGGCUUUCCCGUCCAGACGAGCUUGUCACUCGGUGGAACAUGCCAGCCGGGCGGGUAAUGCAGCCUCCCUGGCUGGAGGAGUAAACGGGACCGCGCGUCGUCCGAGGCAGAAAGAUGGAGCGUUUUUUUCUGCUGGUUCUCAGCUGUUUGGGCGUUUCGCGGGGCUCGGCGGAUACCUUGUCCCCCCCUGUCAAUGUUACCAUCAAAGCAGUGAAAGCUAACUCUGCUCUGGUGACAUGGGACAUCCCCGAAGGAGACCCUGUCAUUGGCUUUGCCAUCACACAGCAGAAGAAAGACGUGCGUAUGCUCCGAUUCAUCCAGGAAGUCAACACCACCACACGCUCCUGCGCAUUAUGGGACUUAGAGGAAGAGACGGACUACAUUGUGCACGUCCAGUCCAUCAGCAUGUUCGGGACGAGCCCGCAAAGCGAACCUUUACGCUUCCGAACACCCAAGGAGGCCGACACUCAGGCUUCUAAGAAUAAAGACGAAGUGACAAUGGAGGAAGUGGGCCAGACCAACCAGUUGAGGGCGGGGGAGCUCAUCAUCAUUGUGGUGGUGCUUAUCAUGUGGGCAGGCGUGAUCGCUCUCUUCUGUCGCCAGUAUGACAUCAUCAAAGACAAUGAGCCCAACAACAACAAGGACAAAGCCAAAAACUCGUCAGAGUGCAGCACUCCUGAACACCCGACAGGGGGUCUGUUGCGCAGUAAGUUCUCCAAGAACAACAAUCGGAUGCCAUCUGUCAACAUCAUUGAAGUGUGAGUGUCUUCUGCGCAUACUACAGACUGUGUGUUCUCGCAAAUCUGCUCGUCAGAAUGCAUCGCUUACGUUUCCCUCGCCUCGGGCCUGCCGACGAAGCAAAGCUUGCUGGACUCCGAGGAUUUAGGAACGACUCGGCCAGGCUGAGAUGAGAACCCGGACUGCAGGGAGAGUUGAGCCGAUCCGCCGUGCUUAACAAGCACUGUAUGGUGGGAGAGCCGGAGAUUAGGGCCAAAUGGUCCUGGUGGCGGACAGACAGAAUGCUGAUAAAGGAACCCCAAGGACCAAGAGCUUUUCUUCUCUGUCUGGAAAUGGGUCGCCAUACAGACUUGCCAUUGUGUCUCUAUAUUCCUUUGUGGUGUGAUUUAAUGCCAUCCUCUCGAUGUUGUUUUGUCCUAACAUUAUGUAAUUUUUUUUAUGAGUAAGUGUAGUUUUGUUACAUAAUGUACUGCCAGUACCGGUACAUCUCACGGAGGAAGGAGAAGAACUGCGGGGAAUAAACGUCUGGCGAGCUUGUUCCCCCCCCUCAGGGAAUCCAGACAGCACCUGUCUUGAGUUUGGAGGAGUUUCUCAAAAGCGAGCUGCGACGACGCCGUAGCAGGAUGGCUCACCGCUGAAGUCACGCUUCCUUUUCGGCAUCCUCUUCGUGCUUUUAAUAGAUUGUGAUUCUUUACAUUCCACAUCCGGAAUGAGCUGUCUUUAUUUAUCUCCAAGGGUGGUGGAUACCUGCAUUCUGGGUAAAAAAAAAAAAAAAAAGACUUGACCCAGUGUGCCUCAUCUGAAAAAUGAAUUUUAAAAGAGUCUACACAGGGAAGUGGCCUUUGUAGAGACACAAGAGGAGAUUCCUUAAGCAAUAACAACUUCAAGCCCCGACACAUGACGGGCAAGGACUUCAUGAGGUCACAUUCUGGAGGAGAAGAAAACAACAAGACACAAAUGUAACCUCUGGGCAUGCAAUGUUGAGACAAAUGCACAUUGUGAUAAAUACUCCUAAGUACAAUGAGGUUUGUUUUCUUGUAAUGGCAUUGGAAAAAGUCAUAAGGGCUUCUCAUGAGUAUAUUCAAAUCAAAAUGGCUCUUUAUCCAUAUGUACAAAUAAGUUGGAUGAUUAACUGGAUGGAAAGUAUAAUUGCUGUAUUAAGAUGUGUCUCAUUGUGCUUCUUUCAUUUCCGUUUUUCCGCAUUGGUUGUCUAAAAUGUGUAUUUUUUUUAAGCCAACUUCUGAGUUUGGCAAAGGUCCUGUUCAACGAUAGACAGUUACACUCAAACAGUCAAGUCAUAGUUUUCAAAAUCAUUUCAUUAUUGAGAAUAACAUUCAUUUAUUAAUUAAAUGGCUUGUCCACUAUCUUACAUAAAUAGCAUAUUUCUGUUAUUAUACUCUUUUGUCAAAUAUGUGUGUGCGUACAGUAAAUAGAAAAAUACAGUUGCAAGAUGGGAUGGAGUAAUGCUUAAAUAUUUAAUGUGUAAAUAAAUACAUUUCAUAUUAGUGGAGCCUGGAAUGAGUUAUGAGUUCUGUGCAAAAGUCUUGAAAGCCACAAUUAUAUGAGCAAAUUAUAUAAAGCAUCAAUUCAGGUCAUUAUUAACAGAGCAAACAAUAUGGAUUGAAAAAAAAUCUUUUAUAUUUAAUGGCACCAGAUCACCCGCAGCUCCCUUUAUAUGCAAUUCAUCAAAUCUGUCCGACUACUACUUACAAAUGCUAAAUUGU